AUGUGUCUCAUUAUAACAGCCAAUGCAGCCGCCAUCCACGCACAGGCGAAGCAGCAUGGCCCAUUUAAAUACACCCACGCAGCCCCGGCGCCCUUAGCCGAUCGGGGCGCGCAGCCCACACGCAUCGCGGCUCCCGGCUUCGGAGACCCACGCGCGGCCGGGCUCCCCGGACCCGGCGGCCAGGCGCGCGGAGGAGGAUCGGGAUCAGGAGGAUCGGGGUCCGGCGGCGCUGUGGAUCGAUCCCGUGGGGGCGGCGUGGGGGCUGGGCCCGGGGGCCUUGGGCGCGACACCCGCAUGAAGAAGAAGACGCGAGUGAAAUAG